CCCAGUCUUAUAGCGUGUGGUCACCUCGCUCGAUUUGCUCUUUGCGUGUUCAUUGCAAAUGGCCACUGGAGGGUAGAGAGUGAUAGUAGAUAGAGGUAAUUUGUUUCAAGCAAAAAGUGGAUUGAAAAAUUUGUAUCAAGAACGUGGCACCCAAAAUAGAGUGAAAAUGCAAAAAGAACGAAAAGGCAUCAAACCGUUUUAAAAAGCUCGACUUCAAUUUUGCUGGAACCCUCUAUGAGAGCAAGCUUGAUGGAAUGAAAAAUGAAUUGAAAACUACUUUUAAAAAUUUGACAGGUAUUAAUGACAUGUCCCAUGCGCGACCCCACCGCCAUUGUUAUUCCUGUGACAUAAAUUGACAAGGAGCGAACAGUAAAGCUGCUUUUAGGAUAAGGAUGUAAAAAAUGUAAAAAGGUCAGCGUGCCGUUUUUCAGGCACCGAGAGACCUCAAAUGAGAGACCUUUCAAGCACUAGCCGGUCUAAAAGAUCAUGACCUGUUCCGUGCGACGCGUGGCGCGGCGCGGUCGCCGUCGUAGGCGAUCAGCUUCGACUCGUGUGAGCGACGCUUCCGACGAGGACCUGCCGCCGUCGACAGCGGCACGUGGAUGUGGUGGAGAAAGGUCUGAUGGUGCGUGGGAGUUUAAAUCCGCUGCUACAUCCUGCGACGACGAGGAAGAAGAGGAAGAAUUCGACAGGAGCCACGUCGACGGCUUGUUUUCAUCCUUGCUCUCGGACAAGAUCAAAUGCGAACAUCUCUUGGGUUCAUUAAGCCGAAGGUGCGCGAGCCUCGAUAGUGUUGCCUGGAGUAUGUGGCGUAGACCGAGGAAAAGACGGCCGCCGAAUUCGUUGCACCGAAGUGAGCAUCUUAGAAGUCAGGAUUGCCCCCGUGCAUGCACCUCGUGGUCUGAUCGCAAUAGAGCGUUGUGGCUGCCAGCAGUUUUCCUGCAGCAGGUCUUUUUGUUCGUCCUUUUCACCCUGCAUUUUGGUCCCCAACACCCGUUGCUGCAAGACCCAGCAUCCUGCUAUUUUGGUGUUUCUGCGCAGCUGCAGCCCCGUGGUUUGCUUGGCGAGUAUUACGAGAUGGAUUACAACGAGGAAGACUUACCUUGCGAACUGGAAUCGUUGGAAGACGCCUACCGUGGUCAGGUGCCGCACGUUCAAACCACAGAAACCGACGGCCUACAAAUCACGGACUUGACCCCCGCAAACUGUAAAUGGACGAUGGUUGAACGAACAGACCGCUACCCCGUUGUGUCGUAUCCGACAGUAGCUGAAGCAAGGUUAGAUCUUGGUUUCCGCAAAGACAUUCGCGACCAUCAUUAUGACAGGCAUUCAUCCGUCUUCCCUUUUUAAUUUUUCUUGGACGAUGUCCAUCAUGUUCAUGAUACAUUUUUGUAGUCGUCACUGUGUGCGGUUACACUACAACAACGACUACAACAAGUCGCUCCAUGAAAAAACAUGGAUAAAGUCGGGACGGUUCAUUGAGCGGAUACCUCUAACAAGAGUAUUACAUCAACUACAUCCUAUACCCGAAGCAACAGCCGCCCGGGUCGCCACUCCGAGACCUACCGGGGUCCGCAGCAAAUGCGUAUUUGCGCAUCGGCUAUCGGCUCAUAGAGGUUAAUGGAGACUCCGCCGAAUUUCAACUCAGAGAAGAAAUCCUCUCACCGAAAGUCUUCAUGGAUCACGAUCCAGUGGUAUUUUCGUGGCUAUGUUUUUAGGUUCUAAAGAAAUAGAAGUAGGAGUAGUUGCAGUUAUAGACAUCUGAUCAAAAUUUUUUUGCAUUUGUCAUUUGUCGGCUGGAGUACAAGUAAAUCGAGCAAGUGUGAGCUCCCUCAUCCCUCUGCUUCAAAAACAGUUUUACAAGUUUCAAGCGUUCAAGUUGGAGUAUUUCUGCACGGGGGUGAUCACGUUUCAAGCGAACUUUUUUGGGAUGCUGAGCGGCGACCUUGAGAUUCGAACGCAAGGUAGAUACGACCUGCGCCUGCACUCUUCGACGGCCCAAAUCAACCUCAUCAUGGGCCACGAUCACUGUGACGGCGGCGACGACUUCGGCUACAACGACGCACAGUGUGGGCCACGAUCUUUAAUUCAGAAUAAGCGGCUAUCGGAUUUAAGGGUGCACAUGUCGGGUGCUAUUGGCGAUGAGUGUCAACAGAUCGGAAGACCAAUGACCCUGUGUCAAGAUCCUGCGUAUCCGAGCAAUGUUCCCGCUGGUACAAUAUAGCUACGCGUUUGAAUCCAUUUUGUGGACUCAAUGUGAUCGAGAAGAUGUAAUCUAUGUCCGUUUUUCCAUGCCGACCAGCGUCGACCAGUCUGUCACUAAGUUGAAGUUCAGUACUGCGCACGCCAUAACAGGUGACAUUUGUUUCAACACUGCGAAUGGUUGUGAGCCUUUCAAGACGUAUGGGAUGAGGAUACCGGAUGCAAAGUGUGACGCUGCGCGUGUUCGGGCGACUGACGGAGCGACGCCGCACCCCCGCACUAUCGAACGACAUCGAUGGAUGCGAGCUGGGCGUCACCCGUUGCGUAUCUCAAUUGCGCGGCGCUUCAUGCCUUUUGUCACGAGUACGGUCUCCUUUGCUUUUCACUACAAAGGUCCGGAUACAACCGCAGUCAAACGGCUUGCUGGCUUUAGAAUGGCAAAUUGUACAGGCGCAAACGGGGACUACUACUCCGUAAAAAGCUCACUGUACAACUUCGCGACGCGUGACGGGGUCUGGAAGAUGGACUUUGAAGACGGAUUCUGGAUCUUCAAAUAUGGGAAACAUUUACUAGACUAGUAGUACUAAAUGAAAAACAAAGAGUCAGUGACAUUGCUGUAUUUAGAAAUAAUGUCUGACAAUUUUUAUUUCAGAUGUAUGAUUUCGAAGUUCUUACUUAGAGAGUACCUACGUUCUACAUUUGCAGUUGUUGCGAAUAGCCAUCUCACAGCUCCCUCUAAGCCACAAACACUUAUCUAGUGGACAGAACGAAGUGCGCUGUGCGAGGCAAGCAUUUGGCGGCGGGCGAGAACAAUGACGACCACGAGAUGUUUCGUUACCGCUGGAGUGGGUAUUCGCCUGGCGCAGAGCUCUUUGACUUUCCUUGGCGGCAAGACGUGCGAAGUGUAGAUGGCAGUCUUCUAUCACGCGACAUCAUCAUCCCGGAAGGCAUGCGUUUUAUCAAUACACCUGAAAACCAGCAUCUUGCGGACCCAUCGAUUCCCGAGUUGAGCGUCUUCCACGAUUACGAGUGGGUGGAAGUACCUGGCAACGUGUUUUUGCCCUUGCACGAACCAAAGUGGCAGGCCGACUGGUGGGGUCCAAUAGUUAAGGGUAUAGUAACUAUUUCACUAUGCUCAUGAGUAAUGGAGGAGGCUACGUGGGGUACACGUGUGCACGGCGAUCUGUUUGUUCUUGAGAUCGUCGCAUAGUGAAAUCAGAAAUUUUGUUCUAAGACCAAGCGGGAGUACCUCUUCAACUUUCCGAACUACGUCACCACGUCGAGGGCGCAGGAACGGAGGACACAGACGUUUGGUCAAAAAUUCUUCAACAGCAAAGUAUCGGUUCCCCGCGUGAGUGAGCUCACCAAUCGGCGCGAACUGCUGGACGAGAUAGGUGGAAAUCCAAGAUAUGAGCUCGGAGAGGAAAAUGACGAAGAUCACGGAAACUUCAUGUCAGCAGAUGGGACAAGGCGACGAAAAAUUCGAUCAAAGCAUCCAGGGAGCGAGCGUUUAAUCUUCAAGGGUGAAGCCGAUAUGGAGGAGAGUGUCCGUCAGAAAGCACGCAUGUUUUUCUGGUUUCUUCGCGGAAAGUUAGGGCGAAGGCAGUUGAGAAAAGCGUCAGUUGUUCCGGUGAAGGUACAAUCUACGAUGAGCAGCAUUGGUGCGACUGCAGAAAUGUCACCCGGAGUGCUUGACUACGAAAAUUUGGACCUCCUGGAAGAAUCAUCAGAAAAGCGAGAGGAGAAAGCAGCCUCCCAGGCUGCAUCUCAAAGCGAGGUUGCAAAGGCUCAACUUCGUGGUACGGCCGGAAUCGGAAAGUCGCAAGUUGGUAAGAAUGAGGAUCCUCGCAGGCAAAAAAACGAGUUGCGGGAUGAAACACGAAGCAUAACGAGAGAACUUCCAGCGCAGUUGUCAGAGGCUGAAUUUCGUGCGUUUUUUGACGGCAUUGAUGUGUUCGGCAUUCCGCGUAUGACACAGAGGGAGUUUGAUGUCAUGAAAGCGGAGCAUCAAGAGCGGGAGCGCCAACAGAAAGAAGACUUGGCGAAGUGGAAUUCGAAAAUGAAGGAAACAGCCAAAAUGGCGGAAAACGCUGUGGACAAUGAAAGGCGCAUUGCGGAGCGAGAAGAGCAUCGGCUACUGAAUAUGCACGAUCCCUGGUUUAAGUAUCUCGAGUCGCCUUCCUUAUUCGUGAAAGAAGAGGCGCCCAGGAGUAGGAUAAUGGACUCAAGCAUAGGUGAAGGAGGGACAGGAAGUGUCUCUAUCGAUCGAGGGCUACCGGAAGUUCCACGACCAAUGUUGCCGUCCAAUGUGGUUGAUGUGAGCGGUGAACAAAAGCCCAAAGAUCGAGCACUGCAGAAUGCUGAUAUUCUAGCAGUGGUUGUUACCAACGCGCCAGACUGGACUUCCAACCCGGACGAGACUAGUACAACGACCACCUCCACCACAACUGAACCGCCGAGCACCAGUACAGCACCACCGACCAGCACCAUACCGCCGAGUGAGCGAGCACCAGCCUACUACGGCCGCACGUUCCACGAGGUACUGUUCUUCGUUACGCCUGACCACCCUGAGGUGAUCCUCGAUGGCAAGCCGAUGGUGCGGAAGUCCAACUGGCCGAAUGAGUUUCCGUGGAGUCGGGAUUUUGGUUCCGACGUUUCGGAUCCGGUUCCUCUACCGCACUUUGACUAUACACAGCCGCUCGCAGCGCGGUUCACUGGCAUCGUAAAUUUCGAAAGGCCUGGAAACUACACCUUUCGUGUGGAAACCGAUGCCAUGUUCCAGAUGAUCUUUGGCGGUCGCGGUUUAUCUAGCGAAGUGGUGCUGCAGAAGCUCACUAACGAGCCGUUGCAGCAGCGGCUCGAAACGGAGAAGCAAGUAUAUCUGCCGGGACACCACUACAUUCGGAUAGAGAUGCUAACGCGAAACAAGGACAAGGUGAUGUUUGUGACCUAUGAGGGCCCAGAUACGGAGUACUAUGAGGCGCAAGCGGCGCCAAACCGAAUUGUCGGUUACGCAAGACCUGGAAUCUAUCGUGGCAACAUUUUCGACCACGAAGUAGGGAUCACCUACCCAAUCGUCGACGGACUGAGGUAUUGUCAACUAGAGAAUGGGCUACUAAUCCUCAUCUUAAUCAAGGAGGAGUCCAAGAAGAGCGCGAACGCUUGAAAGCCUAUGUAUACUAUAGCAGAGUAGUUUAUAGCACGCAUGGUGCAUGGAGUGCAUGGAGUAGCAUGGAGUGCAUGGAGCGCAGAGCUUUAAGGGGCGCAAGAAGCUCCCCCUUUAGCUCCAUGCUACUCCAUGUGAUCCAUGCACUCCAUGCCAUGCGAGCCGUGAAACCUUAUAAAUUGCUCUGCUAUAGAUUUAAUUAUAUAAUUAACAAUUUUGUUUCUGAUUUCUUCCGAUCACUAGUUAUCCUACAAGAAAAUUUAGAUUAUUCAUCAUCUUCACCAUGCUUUGCUCUAGGUCAUCUUCGGUUGGCUGCAGGGUGAUUGCGUCUUUGGAAGGGGGAGUCCAGCUGCCUCGAGAUUGCUCCGACAAAUGCACAGAUGUAGCUUUGUUAAACGCGAUGUCGUCGGCCAUGCACAACAACGGAGCCUGUGACACCGCGGAAACGGGAGGAUAUAACAUGUAAUUGUCUAGUUUUGAUUCAGCUUUAUAAUUUUAUCUCUUAUAAUCCAUAUCCAUGUAUGGAGAAGUUAUUUCGGUCAAAAAUUUCACAAUGACUUUCACCUUCACCUUGUUUCUUUAAAUUGCUGCGGUUUCAAGUUGUUCGGGACUUCCUUCUAAAAGCCUGCUAAUAGUUGUCCAUAAUGAUCGUACAGGUUUUGUCCGGAAUGGGUGUACGAUGGCGGUGACUGCGACCCGGCGUUGGAAAGCGAGGGAACAGACUCUCCGAUAGAAUGCUUAGUUACUCCUCCCGCUGGCGAUUUCAAGCGCUAUGGCCCUUCACAGUGCGAGAGAACCGAGACGCGAGGCUUUAACUACCUCUACGACGCAUCCGACAAUCGAGUGAUUCCGAUUCCAUUACCGGAAAUACCAAACCCACGCGAAACCGAGGAGACGUUUUGUGUUUCGGAUCACGACUUCGUCUUGGAAACACCAACUUUUGCUCUUUCGUACUGGCCAGAAACCACCUCAACGUCUACGACGACAUACAAUCCAUUCCGUACUUUCAAGACUAUUUUUUAUGCGUGAUUGAGUUGAGUUAGGGUUUCUCCGAGAUUAUAUGUAAGUACCUGAUUUGAGACUACAAGGUUGAGAGUUAGUCUCAUCGAUUUUUUUCUCGAUCACUUGCUUUGCGUUCGCAUUUUGAAUGAAAGAGUAAUUUCUUUUUUUCGCAACACAGCUCCAGCCAAGAAUCCGAAGUUCACGAAGUGUUGCGUCGCUCAAUUCAAUAACGAUCCUGUUUAUGGUACCUACUGCAUGGCCUACGGUGCUCCAAUCGGCUGCUACCAGACGAUGCAGGACUUGCUCCAACGCCGUCUGCAAUGGCUCCGAGAGUCUCCCGAGUUUUCUGAGCAGCAGCUGAACUCUUACUGGUUAGAGCACGGCGACAUGAACGUGACUGAGCUGGUACAAUGCAAAACGCCGAAAUGCAAUGUCUUGCCGCCCGAUUUCACUAUGGACAUGCGUGGAGAGCGCAUCUACAAAUGCCCCUGGCAGAAGAACGCAGAUGACAUUGCUGAUCUGUAUCAAACGCAAGCGAAAGAGGAGUCCAUAUCGUGCUUCGAAACGCGCGAGCGCGACACCUUCCCGCCACUGUACUGCCAAACCCGGGAGUUCACUAGCUACAACUACUGCAUCAACGAUCGAACGCGCGAAGGACGACGCUACGCGCAUUGUUGCGUCACGACCUACGUCGAGGCCGACUCAAACAACUUCGUGUGCAAACUCACAGGUAUGUUACUUUUUUCUUUUUGUUGGCAAGAAGCUAGUUGAAGAGGUCGUUGAUCGACUUGCAUAAAUUGAAGAAGCUGUAGCUGAUUCUUACCACUUUCAAGAUCGUGGUAAGGUAAAGUAUGAUCAUGAUCACUACCGUUCUCUAGCACAUGAAGAGAUCCAAUAAAAAUCUUGGCGUGUUGGGCAAAACUGAGCUUUCUUUCUGUAGUCCAGAUUUUUAAUCAACACCGCCCAUACGAAAUUUCGUUGGGUUAAUCGCAAACGCGUCUCACACUGUGAAGCGUUAUGUUUCAUGCCCCAUCUACAAUAUCUGAGGACGAAAGAACGAAAGAUGCGUUGAGAUCAAAAAUAGAGAAAUUAUUAGCAUUUACUUUUUGAAUAAUUCUUGGAUCCUUUUCUCUUUUGGUUGUUUCUCAAGGUAGUACCUACUCCAGCAAGAUGAUGACAAGUCUCAUUGGUCCGUGUUUCUGACAUAUUUGUAUGCUGAAACACUGAGCUUUUUGUUUCAAGACGGGUCUGAUGCUACUAUCAUCAACAACACGAUGCAUUGUACUGAGGUGGAUCAGAUCUCUGAGAUCAAAAAAAAAUUACCAGUACUAAUUUUCAUGGAUGAUCCAAGCAAGAUACUCAAUUGGUGUCAACUCAUUUUAUCGAUCCUAAAUACAUGGUCCCUCAUAAAAUCACACUUCAUGCCAAUUUUGUCAUCCUCUAGGGCUCCCCGCGAGCUAUCCUGGCGGGUGUUCCUCGUAUUUAGAACGCAUCAUUGCACCACUGAACACGUUGCGGGCGCAAGCUUUGCAGCCACGCGUGUGGUCCAGUUGUGCUACUGCUCACCGCUGCAAUGAGCCUACGGUCUUUAAUUGUCCGGUGGUGUACGAUCAGAAUGCGGAGGCGGCGUUCAAGGCGCAGCUGCAGCCGCGAACGCCACCGCCUCAAGCGGUGUAUGGCCCAGCGGACUUCGACCCGUUCACCACGGUGCUAUUAAUCGGCGCGAUCCUGUUUUUUGUCGUGCUGCCAAUCUCCGUGCAUUACAUGCGGAAGCGGUAUCGAAAGACAUACGAGCCAGAGUUCGUUCAGGACCUUUACGUGGAGCCGGAGUUUGGUGAGGACGGGCUGGCGAGUAAGCAGGUGUUCAAUCGCGUGCGACCGGGCGCGGCGUUCUUUCAGAAGAUGUGGGCGAAGUAUCGGCCGCCAGCGCUUUCGGAGGAGGUCGAAGAAAAAAUCCGUCGUCGGGAGGAAGCGAGUACACGACAGAAGCCGUACGCGACGAAAUACUCGCGUUCGUUGCGCGACAAGCCUAUGCCAAAAGACGGCGAAGAUCCAGCGGUGGACGAGUACACACAGGCGAUUCUGGACGAAAUUGCGAAGAAAGACGCGGAGGCGCAAGAGCAGCAGCGCGUAGAGCUGGAGGUCGCAGAGAGAGAACGUGUGGCAAAAGAUCCGGCGAGCGCGUUCGGGAAAAAGAGGCCAGUGUUCCACGAGACAUUGAUGGAGUACUCUCAGCGAACCGGUUCCGUUCCGCUGGCUCUGCAGAUGCACCAAGACCGCGUCGCGGCGUCUACCGGGUUGCACUCCUUGCAAAGUUCUGACGGGUUCCAUCCCACCGGUGGGCAGUCAAGCAUCGAGAACAUGCCUGGGCAGGUCGUGCAAGUCGAAACAGAAGAGGGUGGAACCGUCAGCUUUCCAGUUUCCUACCAAGCUGCGGUCGCUCCGUCAGAAGUUCAAGUGGAUCCAGCCAUUGCCAGAGGAGAGGUGGCAGAAGGGAGCGUCCUUCCAGAGGCGGGCGUAGCGCCCGAGAGGCAGACUUCGGAACAGUUACCAGGAGGAGCGGUGCCACCACUGCGCAGUAUGCCCAUGAGUCCGCAAGCGCAAGCCGCUGCACAGGCAGCGGCAGAGGAUAGAGCGAUGCAGUUUGAUCGAAACCGCUUUGCACAGUCAGUACCUUAUGAUGGCAUGGUGCACAACGAGCUGGAACGAACGCAGUGGCGCGUACGCAACGAAGAAGACAUCAAGCGGCGUGGGGGCAUACUCACAAAGAACGAAAAGGAGGCGAUUCGCGAUAUUUGGAACGAGGCCCACUCUCCAAAACACGAUCGAGCAUCGGCCUCACGGGGUGGCAUUCCCGGUCUGCAGCGUACGGGCGGGCUUCUAGCACUCGCGGACGAGCAACAAAUGAUGACGUCGCACGACCGACAGCUGUUGCAGCUCGAAGAUAGCAACAUGUCGGGCGGCAACGCACUAGCCCUUACGGAAGGAACCUCACCGGGAAAGCGCUUUGGCCGACAAAAAACGGGGCUUUUGGAUACUGCUGACGAGUCGGAAAUACGCCUCGCGGAAUCAACGAUGCGAUCCAUCGCUCACAUGGGAGACGUUGUUCCUGGAACCUCUCAUAUCGGCAUGGCGCCACCAGUUGUACUCCCGGCAGCGGUGUCUCGUGCGCGGCGCAAGAAGAAAUAUACGGGAGGACAGGUCACAUGACCUCUUCUCUUUCGAUCGUCGGAAGUUAAUUUAAUCCUGCUCCUUAGUUGUUCUUGAAAACCUCUACUUGUACACUAAAUGUAGACCUAGAGUCCGAUUAGUUCUUUGUCUUUGUAUUCCUAUUGCACAGAAGCCGGAGUCCUGGUAUCUUUUGUUUAGUGCUUGUCAAUGAUUUGAAUGUAGAACACAAGUGCCACAGAGGCCCGACUGACUUUUCUCCUAGGCGCAUGCGGCCUAAGCGUUGCAACCUCAUUGCUGAAUCGCUUGGAUGAAGAAGGAAAUUUCGACCAUAAUAGCAGAGCUCGAUGUCCUCCACAUCUAUUGUGGAGUUGCAUUGCAUGAACAGUCUUUUUUUGAGAUGAAGAAACUUAUCCGAUAGGCUAGCAAGAAAUAGAGAGCACGAACACGCAAAAAAGAAUCGUGUAUUUGCACAGUCCUGCCCCUAAGGGCGCAAACAUGUUUCUAGUCAGAUGAAACAAGUUCGUUCCUACGCUCAGCGGCAGUCAGAAAGGAUUCUGAAUCUCAGACGCAAUAGAGUGAGAAAAGGGCGCAGGUUUGCUACGCCUCGGCAUGCAUAUACACAAUGAAAAGGGUGUGACUGUUCAUCUCCAAUGGAGUUUUUGGAGCGCAUUAAAAUUUUAUUUGUGGGUCGAAACUACAACCUUACUGGGAUGCUGACGAAGUUGACUGAUCUCAAAACGGUUUUUCCGACAAAGUGGAGCCUGAGACUGUGCAGUGAUGUGAAAAGCAAACGCCUCUUACAUACUAGACCUGAGCUUCCGGUAGCACUCCUCCCACUAGGAUCAUCCACCCCCGGCACGCACUUCCUCAACCCCGGC